AUGUCACGAAACGAAUCAAGUUCUUCAAGAGGUAAGAGUUCUUAUAAAUCAAAUACUGAUGAUAUAAGUAGUAUAGACAAUACUAUUAAUGAUCCUGAGAAUAUAGAUGGUGGUUCUGAUGAAUUAAGAGCACAAUUUAGUUCAACAACAUUUACAACUCCAUUACAUAGAAAACCUCAAGCAUCUCCAUUAUUAUCUUCAACUCCACCUGCUGUUUCAAAGGCAUUGGUUAAAGCAUAUCCUUAUUUAUUAAUUGUUAAUAAAAUCUUAUCAAUUGUUACUUGGACUAAUGAAGAUUAUUGGUUAAAUGUGAUAAUAAUGUCAUUAUAUUCAAUGAUUGUAUUAUAUUUUGAAAGUUUAGUUGUUUGGUUUGGUCAUUUAAUAAUUGUUGGUAUAUUAAGUUCUUAUGCUAUAUUGAAUCAUAAAAUAAUAGAAGAAGCAAGUUUAUAUCCAACUUUGGAUGAUGUUGUCCAAGCUUUAACUGCUUCAUGUAUUAAAGCUGAUAUGUUAUUAAAUCCAAUAACUUCCUUGAGUUUAACUGCUUAUGAUAUCAAAAGACUUUUAUUUACCACGUUAUUUUUAACACCAAUUUAUUUGAUUAUAACUUUCUUUUUAAUUAAACCAAGAAUCAUUUUAUUAAUUACUGGAUUAUUCCUUUUAUCUUAUCAUUCAUCAUAUGCAAGAGUUACAAGAAGAAUCCUUUGGAAAAUGAAAUUAGCAAGAUUAAUAUGUUUUUAUCUAACUGGUUUAGAUUUCUCUAAAGCUAAAAAUCAUUCAUUAUUUGCUGCUGCAUUUGCAAAAGUUCAAAAAAAUUCCGGAUUUGAUAAUCUUACCAGGAAUACCAAUACCAAUAGCAAACCAAUUAGAUUUACUUAUGUAAUUUAUGAAAAUCAAAGAAGAUGGUUAGGUAUUGGUUGGACAUCAAAUUUAUUAUCUUAUGAAAGAAGUGCCUGGACUGAUGAAUUUUUAAAUGAACUGUCAUCAAUUGAAGAAUUUAAAUUACCAAAUGCUUCAGAUUCAAAUAAUCCUUAUGAUAAUAAAUUAAAUGGUGCCCAUUGGAGAUGGGUUGAUAAAACUUGGAGAUUGGAUUUAACUAAUGAUGGAGCUAUUACAUUACCUAAUUCAAAAAGAUCAAAAACUACUGCCAAUCCUGGCAAUGAUGAAGGAUUUAUAUAUUAUGAUAAUACUUGGAAAAAACCAACUACUGAAGAUACUUAUUCAAAAUAUACAAGAAGAAGAAGAUGGAUCAGGACUGCAGAAUUAGUAUUUGAUGAUUCUCCAGCUGCUGCUGCUGCUCCCACUGUUGAAGAUGAACAACCAGCACCUCCAAUUGUUGAUGAUGUAAAAGCUACAGGAUCUUUAAUUAGUGAAUCUUCAGCUAGAAAAAUAAAAAGUUUACGAUUUGCUGAUGAAGAAGAACAUAAUAGUCAACCACUUACUGAAGAUAUUGCAGAUUUAUCUUCGGAAGCUACUAUGGAUAGUGAUGAUGUUUCAACUAUUGAUCAAGACAAACUGAAAUCGCAAACUACUACUACUACUAGUGGUAGUGAUAGUAAUGGAGGAAUUGUGCCGGAGACUUCAGUAUCUCCUGAUAAGAAACGAGAUUGA